AUGGACAAAGGAUUGAAGUACAUGAUUCGCGCUUUGGUCUUCAACACUGUUUGCCUCAUUGUUCGGGCGAUUUAUCGGACUAUUGAACUCGCAGAUGGGUGGGAUGGAAAGGUCAUCCACACGCAAGCCUACUUCAACAUUUUCGACGGUGCUAUGGUUAUCUUGGCCAUCUACACCUUAAACUUUGCCCAUCCCGGGUACCUGAUUGGAAGAGGAAUGGGUAGAGACCGGGCCAUUGAAGACCAGAAAAGCGAGAGCGCUAUUGAGCUUGGUACAGCGACGAACUAGAUUCAGAGGUAAAUGAAUAUUCAUAGCGCGUAAAGCGGUGGACGCUCAGAGCAGC